AUGCCGGCUCGACCCUCGUCUGCCAGGGCCGAAGCCAUCUUCUUGGCCCGUGUCGUGAGAAAUAUCGACUCUGGACUGGCAAACGACGUGAAUGACAAGAUUGUCAAAGUUAGAAACUCCGAGUCUCCCCAGAGUAUUAAUAGCGUGGUCGAAAGGGCUGCUGAGGCGACCGAACCUGUCACGAAGCCUGUCUCGGAUGUCGUAGAUGGGGCUAGCACGGAGGCACCACGGGCCUUGAUAAAAUAUGUGGCCGUCUACAAUGGAAUGAAGGUCUUGCAAAGCGCGGCGAUGUACACGGCGUCUACGCAUUUUACCUACACCGACAUGCUGACCAAGACCACGGCUGCGGCGAAGAAAUUUGCGGCGAGGGGAGGCAGGGUGGCUACGCUCAAGGACUGCCACGCGACCAUCUCGAACUCCGGGGAGGAGCGCAAGGACGGCGAGGUGGAGAUUGACAUGGAGGGCGAUCACGACUGGGAAGCAGUCAAGUCAAUCGUGGGAGAGUGGUGGCUGACACAAAAGAAGCGGCACAUCGUCAUCAGUAUCGUUGUACAAUAUUCAUGA